CACCCGCACAGCCGCGCGCUUUUGCCUCCAAACCUUUUGCGAGGCUCGAGUUCUCGGCGCGGCCACAGCCGCAGAACCACACCUAGGCCGCUCGAAGACCCACGUAGCUUCCAUCCAAGCUUACCGCCAUGGCCGCGCGCGCGCCGCUCCCCGUACCGCACGCGGCCGCCACCAGCCCGCGACCGGCUGCGGCGUCGAGCCUCCUCCGCGCGAGGGGCCCGUGCGCCUCCCUCCUCUACCCGCGCCGCCUCCGCUUCUCCGUUGCGCCGGUGGCCGCCGCCAAGCCCGAGGCCGUCGGGAGGGCCGGGGAGGCAGCUGCGGCGCCGGUGGAAGGGCUCGCGAAAUCCCUGCAGGGGGUGGAGGUGUUCGAUCUGAGCGGAAAGGCGGUGCCCGUUGUUGAUCUGUGGAAGGACAGGAAGGCCAUCGUUGCGUUCGCCCGCCAUUUUGGAUGCGUGCUGUGCCGUAAGAGGGCCGAUCUUCUCGCGGCUAAGCAGGAUGCAAUGGAGGCUGCAGGGGUUGCUCUUGUUUUAAUCGGACCAGGUACUGUUGAACAGGCAAAGGCAUUUUAUGACCAAACCAAAUUCAAAGGAGAAGUAUACGCUGAUCCAAGUCACUCAUCAUAUAAUGCCCUUGAAUUUGCAUUUGGGCUGUUCUCAACGUUUACUCCAUCGGCCGGUUUGAAGAUUAUACAGUUGUACAUGGAAGGAUACAGGCAGGAUUGGGAACUGUCGUUCGAGAAGACCACCAGAACGAAAGGUGGAUGGUAUCAAGGGGGCCUACUUGUUGCAGGACCAGGCAUCGACAAUAUUUUGUAUAUCCACAAGGACAAAGAAGCAGGAGAUGACCCUGACAUGGAUGAUGUCUUGAAAGCUUGCUGUUCCAUCAGUAGCAGUCUAGCAGAGGCAGUGAACGCAUCGCGGGGAGCCUGGGAAGGCACCGUGCUCCACUCCACUUGUGUCAUCUCGGCGAUGGCGGCCGCAGCAGCACUCAACCGUCUCCUCCCUCUCGUCCUCAUAGCCGCCGUCGUCGGGAGGCACGGGGCCUCCGGGGACGGUGGCUUCCCCAUCGUCUUCACCGAGACCAAGUGCACGCCGGCGCCGACGUGGUCCCGCGCGAACGACAGCGCGUACCGCGCCAACGUCCGGGCGCUCCUCGGCGGGCUCCCGUCCGCCGCCGCGCCGACGGGCUUCGCGUCGACCGACCGGUCCGGCGGCGCCGGCCGCGACCGCGCGUUCGCCCGCGGCAUCUGCUUCGGCGACCCGCCCCCCGCGCUGUCCCCGCAGUACUGCCUCCGCUGCCUGUCCGUCGCCGCCAAGGAGCUCGCCGACGGCUGCCCCGCCAAACGCCGCGCCGCCGUCUGGACCGACGGCUGCUUCGCGUCGUUCGCCGACACCAGCGCCUUGUCGCCCGACGAGGCGGCCUUCCACUACAAGAUCGCGGUCGGGGCCCUCGUGGAGGACGACGAGAGCUCCGCCCGCUUCACCGCCACGCUCGCCGCCCUGGCCGAGCGCCUGGCGCCGCGCGCCGCCGCCAAUGCCUCGCGCAUGCUGGCCACCGCCACGGUGGACGUUCCUCGCGUGGUCGCCGGCAGCUCGAGGACGGUGCAGGUGCACUCGCUGGCGCAGUGCAUGCCAGACCGGCCGGCGGCGAGCUGCGCCCGGUGCGUGCAGGAGUCGGCGCGGGAGCUGGGCAAGUGCUGCUGGAACAUGCAGAGUGGUGGCGUGGCCACGGUGAUCGGCUACAACUGCCAUCUGCGGCUGGAUGUGUCCGUUCCGAUGACGCCGUCCGUGGCAGAACCUCAAUCUAUCCCUGCCCCUACCGUGAGCGUGAGAACUACUGGAGGUCAUGUACGAGGAAAUGUUGCUGCUGUGAAGGCAGCGCAGAUCGUGCCAACUCAGUGUACCGAUGGGCUCAGAAGUUUCGGCUCACCUCACCACUUCACCAACCUAUCUGGCCCGCUCACUACCGGCACAAUCCUUCUCUUCCGGACUCUCCCCAACCACGCCGCAGCAACACGCGCCCAGACUCUAGUCGAGUUCAGCACUUCAGCCCCGCCGCCGUCUCCGCCGCUCAAAGCGCCCAAACCAAAAUCCCCUAGAUUUCCCCACGCCCCCGCCUCCAAAUCUCUCGACAUGUCGGAGAAGAAGCGCCGCGGCGGGGCAGGCGCGGGGGCCGCGUCGGGCUCCGCCUCCAAGAAGCCGCGGGUCUCCACGGCGGCGUCGUACGCCGAGUCGCUCCGCUCGAAGCUCCGCCCCGACGCCUCCAUCCUCGCCACCCUCCGCUCCCUGGCCUCCGCCUGCUCCAAAUCCAAGCCCGCGGGGUCGUCGUCGUCGUCGUCGUCCGCCUCGAAGGCGCUCGCAGCCGAGGACGACCCGGCCGCCAGCUACAUCGUGGUGGCCGACCAGGACUCCGCCUCCGUCACCUCCCGCAUCAACCGCCUCGUGCUCGCCGCGGCGCGCAGCAUCCUGUCCGGCCGGGGCUUCUCCUUCGCGGUGCCCUCCCGCGCCGCCUCCAACCAGGUCUACCUCCCGGACCUCGACCGCAUCGUGCUCGUCCGCCGCGAGUCCGCCAGGCCCUUCGCCAACGUCGCCACCGCGCGGAAGGCCACCAUCACCGCGCGCGUCCUCUCCUUGGUCCACGCCGUCCUCCGCAGGGGGAUCCACGUCACCAAGCGUGACCUCUUCUACACCGACGUCAAGCUCUUCGGCGACCAGGCGCAGUCCGACGCCGUCCUCGACGACGUCUCCUGUAUGCUCGGCUGCACCCGCUCCUCCCUCCACGUCGUCGCGUCCGAGAAGGGCGUCGUCGUCGGGCGCCUCACCUUCGCCGACGACGGCGACCGGAUCGACUGCACGCGCAUGGGCGUCGGCGGGAAGGCCAUCCCGCCCAACAUCGACAGGGUCUCAGGCAUCGAGAGCGACGCUCUCUUCAUCUUGCUGGUGGAGAAGGACGCCGCGUUCAUGCGUCUCGCCGAGGACCGGUUCUACAACCGCUUCCCGUGCAUCAUCUUGACGGCGAAGGGGCAGCCGGAUGUCGCCACACGGCUGUUCUUGCGGCGGCUUAAGGUGGAGCUGAAGCUGCCGGUGCUGGCAUUGGUGGACUCCGACCCAUAUGGGCUGAAGAUCUUGUCAGUGUACAUGUGUGGUUCCAAGAACAUGUCAUAUGACAGUGCCAACCUGACAACACCGGAUAUCAAGUGGCUCGGAGUGCGGCCAAGCGAUCUGGACAAGUAUCGGGUGCCGGAGCAGUGCCGGCUUCCGAUGACUGAUCACGAUAUCAAGGUGGGGAAGGAGCUGCUUGAGGAGGACUUUGUGAAGCAGAAUGAAGGAUGGGUGAAGGAGCUGGAGACGAUGUUGCGGACGAGGCAGAAGGCUGAGAUACAGGCUCUCAGUUCAUUUGGUUUCCAGUAUCUCACUGAGGUCUAUCUACCUCUCAAGCUGCAGCAACAGGACUGGAUUUGAGGACCCUUUCUAUGCUAGAUGAAUAGGUGAAUUUUCAUGCAUUUAUUUGACUACUGCGCUGUGCACUAGAUUUAUUUAUUUAAAAUAAGGUAUUUUUGAGAAUCAGUAUUCCCAUGGGCCAUGGCUAGUCGAAGUCAAAAGGUAGCUCCAAAAUGUUCAGUCAAAAUGCAUGGUUAACUAAUUUCUAUGUUAGAUUAGGUUCUUUAUGUUAGGUUCUUUAGGAAGUAUUGCACACCCCUGACUGAGAGUUUGUAGGAUCAAAUUGAUAAGGGUGACCAAGAUUGCCUCGUAGUACCGUCAGAUGUGGAAAUCUUCUUCUAGCAUUAUGUAUUUGAACAGCAGCUGCUGUGUGUAUUCACUAAUUUUUAAGAACAUGGAAAUGCUUACUUCAGCAUGUAUUCAGAGCAGGUAUAGUGACAGGAAAUUCAAAUGUUACUGUGAUAUUACUCAUGUAUCCUGAGCAUGUAUUCAAAACAAUGUAUUCCAGCAUUUAUGUGCCAACUCCAUGUUUGGAUCAAUGUAGAAUUGGAGCUGUUCACAUGUGUAACUGAGCACAUCAUGGCAUGUUUUUAAGAGGCACAACAAUACAGCCAUGGGCAUCUUGGACA